AUGACAAACGAAUUUACAAAGAUAGAGCCAGGGGGUAGUUUACUUAUUGCCUGGCAAUUGAAGGAUAAGAAAGUUGUAUUAAUCGGUGGUGGUGAAGUCGCUGCUGGACGUAUAGUUAAUCUUUUAAACGCAGAUGCUAAAAUAACUUUAAUAGCACCAAGGAAGGGUUUGAAUAAAGAAGUUGCUUAUCGUAUCGACUCUGGACAGAUUCAUGAGUUUAUUGAUAGGGAAUACAAUAAUGAGGAUGAUCUAAAAGGUGCAAAUAUGGUAUUUACAGCAAUAGAUAAUGUAGAAAUUUCUAGGCAUAUUUAUAAUGUAGCAAAGUCACAGAACAUACCAACAAAUGUUGCUGAUAUUCCACCUAAUUGCGAUUUCUAUUUUGGAUCAAUAGUUAGAAGAGGGCCUUUACAAAUAUUAAUAUCUACAGGUGGACAAGGACCUAGAAUAUCAGCUAAAUUAAAGAGCAUUGUUGAAGGUGCUUUACCUAGAUCAAUAGGCCCUGCCAUAAACAAUGUUGGUAAAUUAAGGUCAAAAUUAAGGUCUAUUGAGCCAACAGUUGGUGGAAAACCAGGUGCUAAACGAAUGAAAUGGAUGAUUAAAGUUUGUGAUAAUUACACCUUCGACGAAUUAGCAGAGAUGUCUGAAGAAGAUCUUGAUAGAAUUUUGAAGGGUUACCAAGAUAAUGAGAUUCCUAAGAGGUCGUUAUUGGAUAUUAGCAAAGUACUUUCAGCAAUAAAAUCGAUUAGUCCAACCAUAGUAGGUAUGGUUAUUGGGUCAGUAAUGACAUAUAGUUUUAUUGGACGGAAUAAAUGA